AUGAGCGAACGUGAAUCGGCGCGGGCCAAACACCGAACAACCAUGGCAGCGACUUGGGUGAGAUCCAAACUAGAGCAGCAGCACACCGGCAAGCAUGGACGGCUGGCGAACUCCGGUUUAGGCGAAUGGAACGCGACACCGGGAGAUAGUGCGCGCGUAGGGACUCGACGACAGACAGCGGCCAUGUAUGACGUGCCGCGCGGACGGGCGAGCGGUACACGAACUGGACAGAACCGAGCGCGCAGGCUCCACGGCGAACCAAGAAACCGGCUACGCGCAGGGGGCAGAGGACCGCACGCGCAAAGCGAGCAGCAAGACGACGGCGCGCAGGAACGCGACAAGCAGGGAUCAGGGGCCAGCUCGGCACGGCAAAGGACUCGGCUGAGCUCGUGCAACAGGGAGCAGGGCGCGGUCAGGGAGAUGGAGAUAGGCGGCCGAGCGCCAUGGGAGUUUGGGGAAGGAGCGAGUCGAGGGGACAGAGAAGACGCGCGGGGAAGCCACUCGGCGGAGCGCGCGUCAGGGACUCGACGGCGGUCAUGGACGGAGCUCUGCUCGGGUUCAGGCGAGAUUCGAGCUGGGGGCCAAGGACGCGGCUGGGGAGGGUCCGAGCAGAAGUUAGCCAAACGCGCAGAGGGAGCAGAGGGGCACCGCGAGGGGGCUCGAGCAGAUCGCGGCGAGCUGGGACAAUCCAGGAGCGGGGCGCCAUGGGAGGGAGACCCGAGCAGAGGAGCUGAAGGGGGCGCUGGCCAUGGGGGAGGCAAGGGAGCUGGGCGAGCGCAUGACUGCAGAGGGAGUCGACCGGCUGGAAGGAACAGAGGGCGCCGUGGUUGGGGAGAAGUAGGGCGCGAGCAAGGAGACGGACGCCGCGGAAGCUGCCGCGGGGAGGGGGGGGGGGGGGGGAAGAAGACAGACUGGGCAGCGGGAUCUUAUCCCAGACCAGAGCGGCGGCUUGAGAUAUCCAAGCACUUGAGCGGCGGGAGGGAAAAAUCUGGGGAGGAGAAGAUGAGCUCGCGGCAGGAAGUAUCACGGCUGGAGAGAUGA